GCGCGAGAGGACGCGCCGACGAUCCGAGGCGGACGACGACGACGCCGCGCGCGCGGGCGCCAUGGGGAAGGCGAAGACCUUCGCGAACCUGACGUACAACGCCGUCCACGGCGCCGCGCGGCAGGCGCUGCGGCGAUGGAACGUCGGCUUCCCUCGCCUCGGACGGAAGGUUGUCGUCGGGCGCGUCGCGCGGAAGGACGAGAACGACUUCUUCCACGUCAGCACCGGGCACAAGAGCGACGUGAGCUUCCACGCGAGGGAGCUCCAGCGCGGUUUGACGAAGCUCGCGGCGGAGCCCCUACCAUCCGUCGGCUCUAAGCUCCACCUCAUGGUGCGCGCCAUCGAGAACCCCAUGGGCGAGCUCGAGCUGAGCAACCGCGAGCGCGUCAAGGCGGAGCGCGACGCGCACGUGUGGGAGGAGAUUCGGAGGGCGUAUCAGCGCGGCGGGAUCGUGCGCGGACGCGUGUUGAACGCCGUCGGCGGCGGGUACGCCGUCGGCAUCGCGGGCCACGUCGCGUUUCUUCCGCAGCAGAGCGUUCGCGUCUACGAGGGAAAAAACGUCCCGCCGGUGGGCGUUUUGUUGCCGUUCAAGAUCCUGACGGUCCGCGAGACCAUCCAGAACGUCGUCGUCGAGGGCCCGGUGCUGGAGCCCGGGACGGCGAAGUCAGAGCGGCGGGCGCGGCGGUGGGAUUUGAAAAAGUCGGCGCGUCUGGCGGCGGAGGCGCGGAGGAGAGAUCUUUCGGCGGCGGCGCCGGGCGGCGGCGGCGGGACGGCGGGCGGCGGCGGCGGGACGGCGGGCGUCGGCGGCGUGAAGGGCGGGGGUGGGGAGGAUGCGAAAGUCUCGGAGGAGGGGGAGGAGGAGAAGCCCGCGGCGGCGGCGGCGUGGUGGAAAGCCCCACCGACGGGCGGCGGAGAGAAAUAA